AUGAAUAAUGCCUUACCAGUGGGAGAAAACCUCAAAGCACAAAACAUCAACUCUGAGAUGCGAUGCCCAUACUGUGGAGAAGAAGAAACAACGGCACACAUGCUCUUUCACUGUAACCACGCAGCCCAAAUCUGGAGAAUAGUGCCUUGCAAGGAUCAAAUCGAGCCAUUGAGUAUUGGGGAUAUUAGAGCAGGAAUCGAAAUGUCACCAUAUAUGAGAUGCUUACCACCCAUUGGUGUUGGAGAAGGACCGAUUUUUCCUUGGAUUGUAUGGAGGAUUUGGAUAGCAAGGAAUCAGCUCAUGUUCGACAACAAGCACCAAACUAUUGAGGAAACGGUGAACCAAGCGAUAAUCCUGGCAAAAGAGUGGCAGAUGGCACAACAUCACACAAGGAGGAAGGAAUCAGCGGGAGCAAAGCGGAUCCCCACACUACGGAAGAUCUCAGGAGAAAAUAAGAUGACAUGCAAAACCGAUGCGUCUUGGAGAGAAGACAAGCGCUCGGCGGGGUUCGGAUGGAUCAUGCUCAGGCAAUCGGCCAAUCAAGCGGAGGAGAUAGUAGAGCAAGGAGGAGAAGCACGAGAUCACAUCAGAUCACCGCUCACGGCGGAGGGAGUGGCAAUACUCACGGCGCUCACCCGAGCAAGAGACAUCGGAAUCAAACAAAUCACAGUCGCUUCAGAUUCACAUCAGUUAAUCAGGGCAAUUAACAAGGAGUUUCUCACCAAAGAGUUCCAUGGGAUUCUCCACGACAUCCUGGAUCUAUCAAAAGUGUUUGAGAAAAUCGAAUUUGUUUGUACCUAG